AGAGACGCGCACCUGCAUGGCUCAUCUCGGUCUCAGUGGAAAAAACUUCUCUUUCUUUCAGCAGCAGCAUUAGCAAGAAGGACAAUGCUUCGCAUUGCGAAUGUGUUGUUGCCGUUGUUGGCGGUGGUGUUGCUGGCCGAGGGGCAGCGCCCGCCGUACCAACCCGACCCGUGGGUGUACCCGAAGCCGACCUCGGAGCCGCCCCUGCCCUCAGCGACGACACCUGGUGCAGUCCAAGGCGUCGUGCGGCCCGUCAAGAGGAAGCCGCAAAAAACCGUGGCCGCCCUCGCCCCACACACCACCCCCGAGCAGGAAACGACGACCCUCAUGCUCGACCUGCUCGGGGUCAAACCGGCCCCGCAGGUCAUUGACCGCAAAAGGUUCAGGCCCAUCAAGGACAAAGAUUACGGAUACUGAUAGAUUACAAAAAAAUUAUUACUUUGAAUCAUUAAAUUUUAUCCUUAAAUUGUACAAAUUUGAAAAUAAAAGGUGUAAUAAAUUCAAAUGAUUAUGAUUAUGCAAAUUUUGGAAUUGGAAGGUUUUUGUUGAGAGUAAAGGCUAAAAAUGAAGCUUUAAGAAAAAUAUAAAUAUGACUUUCAACAAUUUGCGAAAUGAUUCUCGUAUCGUCUCCAACGUAGAUCAGAAUCAUUUCCAGAGGCAUUAUAUUAAGAAUGGUUUCUUGCCCACAGUUGACUCCAGU